UCCCUCUCUCUCCUUCUCUCUCUCUUUCUCUCUCUCUUUCUCUCUCUCUCUCUGUCUCUCAUAGCAGGGAGGAAGGCGGGCUGUAGGCACAGGAAAAAGGAAAAAGAGAAAACAGAAAAAGAAUUGUAUGCCACUAUGUCUGACUAGAUCCUCUACUUAAAUAAUUCCAUCUGCAUUUUAGCCUUUUUAUUUCCGUUUUUGGAUGCCUCUUUUAUCAUCCAGCCAUCCAGCCGAAGGAGAUAGACAAAGCACUGCCGGUGCCCUGAGCGACAGAACUCUGGCGGGGGGCUGGCUGUAAAUCGACGUGGCAUGGAAAUUCUCCGCUAAGUUGUAGCAGCCUGUGUGCUUCUCUAAAAUCAAGCCCAGCCGCCGUGAGCGGUAGCUGCAUCAUCAUGGGCGCAACAACACUCCAAAAAAAUGGAUAGAAAAAGUCUUCAGCUGCUUUCUUUGGACUCAAGUGUCUUCUUUUUGCGCAUCUAUGAUUUAAGUGGAGAAGGGAAAAUCAAAGCAGUAAAGUCUGUAACUUUCUUUUUGCAGCCUGAACAACAGAAUUUGCUGCUCUCCCUCCCCUAUCCUGCAAUCUAAUUCCUUACAGAUUUGCCAUGGGGUGCGGACUUAGAAAGCUAGAAAAUCCUGAUGAGAGCAGCCCUGGAAAAAUAUUUUCUACUCUGAAGAGACCGCAAGUGGAAACAAAGACAGAAUUUGCUUACGAAUAUGUAUUGCUGGAUUUUACUUUACAAGCAUCGCCAAAUCCAGAAGUCAUCAAAAUUAAUUCAGUUCAGGAUAUUGUAACAAAAGUCGAAGACUACUAUCUUAAAGGAUAUAUUGUUGGGGCUAUUCAUCCUGUUAUACAACCUUUGGGACAGCAGAAACAGCUACCAGCAAGUUACUUAUACAGGGCAGUGCUAUCGCGCUUAAAAGUAAGCCCGAAUCUUUCCGCAAAAUCCAGUGGACAAAGACGCCCAAGGCUUGUGAUUGAAGAAUGUCCUCUAACUUAUGAGAAACAAGCAAGUGAAGUAGCAAAAGAAUUGAUAGAAAAGAUUAAUGUAGCUGCUAAAAAAGGGAUGAAGUUUGUUGGAUUCCUGUCUCAGCAUCAUCCACCACUUAAAUAUUGCAAUGGAACCAACCAUGAUGGAGAGCUAGAAUCAACACAUCACAUGAGAAAUAGUUCAGAUGAAAAAUGUGGAAAUUGGAAUGAAGGAACAUUGAGCGGUCAAUCAUCUGAAAGUGGAAUUGAGGAAGAACUUCAUGAAAGCGGACAGCAUCAGAUGCAAAAAGAUGGCAGCCCUUGGUCCUCGAAAUUAAGAAAGGGAGAAGAUAGUAAGUUGUAUAUAAUCUUCAAUGUUUUCGAUGAUGAAUCAACCUGCUGGACGUAUCAUGAAGGAGUUCUGUCAAUGAAAGUAACGAGAAAAGGACCUGUCAUUACUACACUUGAUGCUGAUUGGCUGGAAUUAACUACAUUUUACUAUAAGCAAGGCUUGUCUUUAAUUGAUUACUUUGUAUGCUGGGAUCCAACUAAAGGGGACCAUUUAUCUAAAUGUUUGGAAGGAUUAUUUAUCUAUGAAGAAGAAGGCUCUGGAGUUCCAGGUUCCAGUAGGAAAGGAAAUGAUGCCAUCAUAGUAGAACAAUGGACUGUUAUUGAGGGCUAUGAAAUCAAAGCGGACUAUGGCCCUCUGCUGCACACCCUGGCUGAGUUUGGGUGGCUCCUGACCAGCGUGUUGCCGACGCCUAUCCUGAGACAUGACAGUGAAGGGAAUUUAGCAACAAAGCAGGUUGUAUUCCUUCAGAGACCUAUUAUGUGGAACUCAGCCUCUCAAACGCCAGAAAGAAAAGCCAGCCGGCACGUUAAAGGGGAGGACAAGAGCAGAGGCGCCAGUAGGAGCGUCGGGCUGGACACCGCCGCGUGCCAACCUCCAGAGCGGAAGCCGCUGUCUGUGAGCCUCGCCGGCCCCUCCAGAGAAUGCUGGGGCCCCGAGAAGAAGCCAGCGCCCCCCAGCAGCUUCUCCGGCUUCAGCAGCAGUGACAGUGUCCAUCGCGAGCUAGACGAUGGGCAGCUGGAUCAGGAAGAUGGAGUAACUCAGGUCACGUGCAUGUGAGAAGGCUCUGUAGAUACGUAUUCAAGCCAGACUCCGCUGCCGGUACUGUGUUACAAGCUCCGCACUUAGGUAAUACUGGGGACCCCUCCAGACUCACACUGCCCUCUGAUCCAUGGAAACUUUUGUCCAACCCCCCUGAUGAGGAAGAAUAACCAACAUGUUCGUACAUUUAGCAUCAUGUUUACACUUCUGUCAACUAAAACACCUGUUGACACAAUAGUUUAUUCACCAAUAAUCUACUUCAGUUUCUUGAAAAUGUACAAGGUACAUUUAUCUUACAAUUCCUGGGAGGGAAAAAAAACUAAAUGUCUCAAUCAGUUUUUUAUCUAUUAGAAAGCCUUCAGGCAAUUAGUCUGACUUAAGAUGAAAAAUAAUCACUUCUCUCACCCUCUUUACCUUUCUCUUUCUUUCUCUCUCUCUCUCUCCCUCUCUCUCUCUCUCUCUCUCUCUCUCACACACAUACACACACCAGUAUACAUCAACAUACAAAGUGUUAAUUACUGAGACACCUAUUUCCUGAACAUAACAAUUCAAAUUUUGUUUUUAACACUGACAUGUAUAUACAAGGCAAGCCUAUAUAUGUUAAAAUAUUCAUUGAAAAUAAAUCCUUUUUUUUUUUGUAUGUCUUUGCUUUUAACUGGUCACACUAUAUUACAAAUAUUGAACAGAUUCAUUGAGUCUGAACUUGGUUGCUUUUAAAAAAACAAAUUACAAAAAAACAAACAAAACAAAGUCGUUUAAAGUUCAUCAUGAGGAACCUGGGAGAUGGUUUAUGGAGACGCUGUGCAUGCUUUGUGUGUAGGAACUCCAAGUUCCAUCCCUGAAAUCACUUGGUCCCCCAGGUGUUAUCAGAAGCAAUUCCUGAAUACCACCAAGUGUGGCCACAAAAUAACAACUAAUGGAGUUCAAUAUGACAAGAACUCACAAUCAGUCUCAUCAUGCUAAAAUCUUAAUAGACACAACUUAAAUUUCUUUCUUUUACAUUGGCACAGCAUGAAAAAGGAUAACAUCACCACUAAGUGGAAAUGAGGUUUUUGCCUCUCUGUAUGUUUCAAUUAUGCUUUUUGUUUUGAGUGCUAAGUUCUAAAGAAUGAAGACACCCAAACUGUAGGUGAAGUUUUCCCCAGCACCAGCUGUGUGUACAACCGUCUAUCCCCACUCUGCCUUUCCUGCUCUGCUGAUAAAAGGAGUUCUUUGGCUAUGGCCUAAGCUUAAACAAGUAAAGAUGAAAUUUCCACAGAAUAAAAGACUUUUUUUUAAUAAAGGCUUGCUUUGAAAUGUGGGAAACUUUAAGUGAAUAACAGCUGAUGUUGCCUCUUAUGAAUUCAGUCUAUUAUAUAUUUUUAUUCACAUUGCUAUUGAUAUGAUGAUAUCAUUUGAAUAAUAAAAUAUAAUUUGUUAUGGGGACAUAAUUUUAUUCACCACAAAUUCUCAGUCUGUUGUAUACAUUUGACAGAUGUAUAAUACAUGUUUACUUCUGGUUCUUUUCUCA